AUGCCGGACUCAGAGAGCUUUCUCUUACAUCUCUUCCAACACUUAACAAAAAUUGCGGCCGCGACAGAACAGAAGAUUUCUGUGUUUGUUUUUCCAGUGGAGGAGCACUGGGAUGCAUACUGGGAAAUGAGUGGAGAGUUACUGGUCUGGAAUGGCAGAACAGCAAGUCGAGAUGGAGAAAUCAUAAACCAGAUAAAGGGAACCAAUCAAGCUCUUGCUGAGAUCAGAGAACUUCUCAAACAACAGAUACAAGAAAUUGUCUUUCUGAAGAACACGGUUAUGGAGUGUGAGGCCUGUGGCAUGACUUAUCCGCGGCCGUCGUGCGUGCCCAACCCAUGCCACCCUGGCGUGAAGUGUACAGAGGCGGGUGGACGGAUCACCUGUGAUCCCUGCCCAGAGGGCAUGGAGGGAAACGGAACACACUGUACAGACGUGGACGAGUGUGCCGUGAUGCCGUGUCACAUGGGAGUCCGCUGUAUCAACACCUCCCCUGGUUUCCGCUGUGGGCCGUGCCCAGCUGGUUACACCGGGCCGCAGGUACAGGGAGUCGGACUAGCCUACGCCAGAAACAACAAGCAGGUGUGCACAGAUAUUAAUGAAUGCGAGACAUCGAACGGGGGCUGUGUGGCUAAUUCCAACUGUGUGAACACUCCAGGCUCAUUCAGAUGUGGUCGCUGUAAGCCCGGGUUUGUGGGGGACCAGCAGCGUGGCUGUAAGCCUGAGAGAUCCUGUGGAAAUGGCCAACCCAAUCCCUGCCACAGCAGUGCGGAAUGCAUCGUCCACCGUGACGGCAACAUCGAGUGCGCCUGCGGAGUUGGCUGGGCCGGUAACGGGUAUGUCUGUGGUCCUGACGUGGACAUUGAUGGAUUCCCAGAUGAGAAACUGAACUGCCCUGAGAGGAACUGUGCUAAGGAUAACUGUCUCACUGUGCCGAACUCUGGCCAGGAGGAUGCAGACAAAGACGGAAUCGGGGAUGCGUGUGACGACGACGCAGAUGGUGACGGCAUCUUAAACACCGAGGACAACUGCGUUCUUGUGCCGAAUGUCAACCAAAGGAACGUGGACCAAGACGACUUUGGUGACGCAUGUGACAACUGUCGGCAGGUCAAAAACAACGACCAGAAGGACACAGACAGUGACGGUAAAGGAGAUGAGUGUGAUGACGACAUCGAUGGGGAUGGGAUCAAAAAUGAUCGUGACAAUUGUAAGAAGGUCCCGAACGCUGACCAGAAAGAUCGAGAUGGAGAUAAAGUUGGCGAUGCCUGUGACAGCUGUCCUUACGUUCGCAACCCCGACCAGCUGGAUGUCGACAACGACCUGAUUGGAGACCCGUGUGACACGAACAAAGACAGUGACGGAGACGGACACCAGGACUCCCGGGACAACUGUCCCGCCGUCAUCAACAGCUCUCAGCUGGACACGGACAGGGACGGGCUGGGUGACGAGUGCGACGACGAUGACGAUAACGACGGAAUUCCCGACCUCCUCCCGCCGGGUCCGGAUAACUGCCGACUCAUCCCAAACCCGCUGCAGGAGGACUCUGACGGUGAUGGCAUUGGAAACGUAUGUGAACACGACUUUGACAACGACACGGUGAUCGACACCAUUGAUGUUUGCCCUGAGAAUGCUGAAGUCACGCUCACGGACUUCCGCGCCUAUCAGACCGUGGUUCUGGAUCCUGAGGGCGAUGCUCAGAUCGACCCUAACUGGGUCGUACUCAAUCAGGGGAGAGAGAUUGUCCAAACGAUGAACAGUGACCCUGGUCUGGCUGUUGGUUACACAGCUUUUAACGGUGUGGAUUUUGAGGGGACGUUUCACGUGAACACGGUAACAGACGACGACUACGCGGGAUUCAUCUUCGGUUACCAGGACAGCUCCAGCUUUUACGUGGUCAUGUGGAAACAGGUGGAGCAGAUCUACUGGCAGGCCAACCCCUUCCGUGCAGUUGCAGAGCCUGGGAUACAACUCAAGGCUGUGAAGUCGACCACGGGACCUGGGGAGAACCUGCGUAACUCCCUGUGGCACACAGGCGACACUGCGGAUCAGGUCAAGCUACUGUGGAAAGACUCCAGAAACGUGGGGUGGAAGGACAAAACCUCGUACCGCUGGUUCCUUCAGCACAGGCCUCAAGAUGGAUACAUCAGGGUUCGUUUCUACGAAGGACCGCAGAUGGUGGCAGACACAGGAAUCAUCAUCGACACAACCAUGAGAGGGGGCCGUCUUGGGGUGUUCUGCUUCUCCCAAGAGAACAUCAUCUGGGCUAACCUCCGGUACCGCUGCAAUGAUACGCUUCCAGAAGAUUUUGACAUGUACAGAGUGCAGCAAGUCCAGCUUAACAUCUAA